AUGUUACAACCACAACACGUCAUCAAAAGUAGUGGCGACGACGACGACGACGCGCCUGAGAUCGAAGAAAGUGAAUGGGAGAAGAAGCUGUUCGCGUCCUUGAAUGCCAUUCAGGCAGAACCUAAACUUGUAUCCUUCAAAAGCUACCAGGAGUUCGUCAACCCAGAUCACUAUACCGAUAUCAUCAAAGAGCUGAGCCACUCGGUUCAGGGUACUGACAACAAGGCCCAGAACGUCUGGGAGCUUGACCAUGCGCAAUUCGACUUGCGAGAGCCAUAG